UAGGUUCAUGCUUCAACGUGGGGAGAAGGACAUAAACAAGUUUCGUAUUCAUUGGAUCUUUGACAGAGAAAACAAUGAUGAGUAUUUUCGAAUAAUGUCAUGGAUCAGUUAUGCAGUGAAGUGCAAUGUUGGAAGUCUUAUUAUUGAGCUCAGUAUGUUUGGGGAGAUGACAUUAGAAUUGCCGUCUUGCAUCUUUCAUUGCAAGUCUCUGAGGCAUCUAAUUGUGGAUGUAUUAAACAGAGGAGGGAAGGUUCUUAAGAUGCCUUCCUUGGCUUGUUAUAGUAAUCUCCAAUCCUUAAAACUGAAAAAUGUUACUAUUCAGGAAGAGUUUGGUAAAUGGAUCUCGGAGUGUUGCAAAAGCAUAAAGGAAUUAUCACUUGAACAGGUAUUCAAGACAGAAAGGAUCAGCAUCGAAAGCCUAUCUCUGGAAUCAUUCAGUAUUGCGUGUAAUUAUCUUGUGUGUUCUAAAGAUCUCCUUAAGCUCUCUGUCCUUAACAUCUCAGGUGAAAAAUUGGCAAAGAUAUCUAUAGUGUGGCAAGCACCUGGUGGCAUAGAUUAUCUUCAGAUUUUUUCCCCUAACGUUAAAGAUUUGACAUUGAUCGGGAUUUUCAGAAAUUACAUUUCGUUAGGGACCUUAAUGUGCUUAGAAAAGUCAAUAAUUAGUCCAGUAGGCAUAUAUGAUUCUAACAAGGCGCUUGAGGUUCUUUGCAGUGUAAGCAGAGCUAAAGUUCUCAAUCUGAUGGGAGACAUCAUUAAGGUUGUGUUCAGGGAUGGCUGCAGGACACCACCCUUGGAUAAUGUUUGUUGCUUUUCUGUGCUGUCUGUGUUUAGCUCUUUGAGUGACGACCUUGUCCCACCUAUGGCCACUCUUCUUAAAACCAUGCCUAAUCUGAUUGAUUUGCAAUUAAGUAGUGCAGUAAUCUCUGUAAACUCCCGAACUAGUUCAUCUGGGUUCAAUAUCAGCUAUUGGAAAUCCCUGAACCUGGCUUUUGUUGAUCGUCUUCAGAAUGCAACACUUUCAAUUUUGAAUGGGAAUAAUGAAGUGGAGUUUGCAGCUUAUUUGCUCGAAAAUGCAACAAAUUUAAAGAAAAUGGUCAUUUAUCAUUCUGGCCAACAUAGUGCUAUAAGGUGGCUUCAAAAUAAAAGUGUCUGCUCUUCCACCGCCAAUGUUUUUUUUAUGGAACUAGUCAAAAGAAACUGAAAGGAGGCUGCUCCACUAGUUGAUUGCAAGUCCAGAAUGCAGAAAAGAAGAAGCCAUCCUUGGAACUCGCAGGAUUUCUGAA